CUUCUGCAUGCCAUUGCGCCUCCCACAAUGCAUCGAUGCCCGCCAAACCUACGUCCCGCCUCCUGACGCUUCCGCUCGAGCUCCGCCUACUCAUCUACGAGCUUCUUUGGGUGCCUUUGGCGUCCAAGAUCCACCCAAAGACCUCCACUGUCCAUUCGCACAAUGUCACCUCUUCGGCCUCAAGCUCGCUCGAGCUGUUGCUCGUCUGCCGCCAAAUCUACGCCGAAGCGCACCAGACGGCCUACACGCGGCACACCUUCGCUCUAUCGCGCUGCUUCGACACCUCGCCCCUGCAUGACCUGCCGCGCUCGUACCCGUACAACCUCGUUACCUCCCUCUUGAUCCCUGGUUACCGCCCGCCAUAUUCGUGUCCCACAGCGUAUCCGGUGCGGUGCUACACGUUUAAAGAGCUCUGCUCGCUUGUGCGGCGGUUCAGGAACCUGAAGAGCAUUGUAGUAGUUGCAGAUACGGCCGGUUCGGAUGGGAUACGGAGGUCUAUAUUAAGCCGCAAGGCGCAUGUCGAGUUCCGGAUGCGGAAGGCAAGACGGCUGCAGGACGAGGGGUUUGUGCCGAGCUAUGAUAUAACGUGUUUGAAGCGGGGCUGCGGGUGGAGGCUGAAUGUUACCGUCGGAGAGGGCGUUAUUAAGACGGCGGAUCUGCUGCUCUGUGUGCUGCAGGAUGAAGGGUAAGAGACGAGGGAGGUGCGAUUUGAUGCCGUUCGCAACGAACCUUCACGGCCUUGACGAUAUACGAAUUAUGACUUGCAUGUGGGACGGGGUAUUGAUGCCAUAUUUGCAGUUUUGUCUACUGAACCUACGACCCCCUGUACCCAUCGGCCCACCUGUAAAGAAAUCGGAUGAAUAGAAGGUCAACAUUUUUCUGAAACGAAAGCGGUCAUCGGCCCUCAGAAGGAAAGAUUGACGUCGCAUGAAGCAACCUACGCGAUGCCAUUGCAGGCUCGGAGCCUCUGUGACUUCUGGC